AUGGUAUCUAUGCAUCCCGAUAUUGUCUCAGUAUAUUGGGAUGCAAAAAAAGGCUGGUGUAGGGAGCUACAGUCCCCGAUGUAUUGGUCUGUUACAGACCAAUAUAUUGACUUAUGUAUCGAUAGCAUGGAUGAAGGACGUUCCAUUCCUCAAUAUAUUGGUCUGUUAUCGCCCAAUAUAUCGACUCAUGUAUUGACAGCAUGA